ACAGCAUGAUUGAGGUUAUUCCUGUCCUUCUCGGAUGAGGUGAACAUGUAACAAUCAUGUCCAGUAAUAAAAGGAUAACGCUUAUAUUUGGAGGGUUCAUUGCAGCUGUUGCAGUUGCUUUUUAUCCUAUAUUUUUCCAUCCUCUCACUCACAGUGAAGAUUACAAGCAGGUCCAGAAGAUGAAUCGAGCUGGAAUAAAUCAAGCAGAUGUUCAGCCUGUUGGUGUGAAAAUCUGGUCGGAUCCCUUCAAGCCAAAGUCAUGAUGCAUGUAGGAAUGGAACAGAAUUCAAGAAGAAGCCUGAGACUCCACUGUUUGAGUGCUUUGGAAGAGACACAAACAUUGAUGUUGUACAACCAUGCACCUAAUAAUGAGGCUUUAAGAAUGGAAAAAGCUUUCUGUGUGUAUAUGUGUGUGUGUGAGUUUUGUAAAGGAGAAUGGGCUGAUUGAAAUCAGAAUGGCUGAUCGAUUUUUUUUUUUUUUCUUUUUUUUUUUUCCUGCUUGUUAAAUCAUUCAACAAAAUAUGUACAUAUUGGUUAACACUUAAAAUAUUCUGUGGAUAAAUCACUAUCACAGCAUAGUGCUUAUUAACUCAAAUGUAUUUAUGGGAUGAUGGACUAUUAAGUGAAUAAAACCCAUAUAUUGAACCUUUC